GGUCCAUGGCCAGUUGCACACACAUAGAUGAGUCGAGGAAUGCACUCAGAGGGUAGCCACCAACGUCGCCAUCAAGGCAGGUCUGUCAAGAGUAGAUAUCAUUUAUCCACAUCACGCCACAAACGCAGCUAUCGCGUGAUCUUGACUGACUGACUCGUGCGAUCCAUCUGUCUCUUCUUGCAGUCAUGCCUCUCCCGUCAGUCACAUCUCUUCACUAGGCUCGCAUGCAACAGCCAUCCUUCUUCGCAUCCUCCUUCCACGCCACCCGCAACACGGGAAACGUCUGUCUUGUCCACAAGCUCAAGCCCUGUCCAUCAUCACACAAGAGGGCGAGAGAGACAGGGCGUGAGCGCAAUGAUGGGUGUGGCCCUUCCCCUCCCCCCUCUCACCCGCUCGAAGAUCGGUCAGAUCACUGCGUGCGGCGCUCCACGUGCAGUGACAGGUCGUGGAAGAAGAGCCGAUACUCUUGGGGUCUGAGCAUGGGGCGGGCCGGCCGCGAGAGGAAUCGCUGGUGACAUGCGUCGAAGAUGUCUCGGUCUACAAAAGUGACUUUGGUCGUCUUGUGGCCCUGUAAGAAGACAGCCCAAGCAAAGUCAGACACACACGCCGUAUCUCUGUGCACUCUCUAGUGACGUGUGUGAGUUGUGUUAGGGAAAGACCUUCAGCUCGGUGGACGAAGUGACCACUUCCAUGAGGUUCGUGUAAAGCUCAUCAACGUCGGCAUCCUCAUCCAAGUCACCUACUCCCCCCACACAUACACCACAUGGACGGUGUCUGCCAGCGUGACACGCACCACCCAUCUCUCACCAGGUCGAAUGUCCAUAUGCACGGUUUCGACACGGGGCAUCUUGUCAAGGCGGCUCCACAGGAAGGGGCUCGCCCCAUCCCAAAGCGUCCCACUGCCCUGCGUCAGGUCGGCCGCUAGGCGAGAGGACACCGUGCCCACGCUCCUCUCGCCCUCCCCCCUGCUGACCCACUCUGACUGCAGCCCCUCCAGAAAGCACCACACCUUCGACAGCGGCACAACAUUUCUCGCUGCCACGAUCGUUGUCAGGUUGGGCAUAUGUGAGGCCACCUCGAUCGCCCGCUGCUUCUUGUCUUCGGUCGCAAGAACGCCACCAUGCAGGAAGAGGGUGUGGGCGGCGGGGAAUGUGUCGUCACUGAUGGGUGCGGGGUGGGGCUCGUCAUGUCCUUUAUAGGUGACGGUGGUGGCCGUCUUGACGAGAUGGGCCAGCACCUCCUGCACGUGAGGCUCGGUGGUACGGGAAAGGACCUCGAUGUCGAUCCGGCCGCCACCAAAGUCGAUGACGGGCUCGGACAGGGCCGCUGGAUUCGCUAUUGCGUCCCUAAGUGACCACGGAAACACGCACCACAGCACCACUUCGCUGGGCUCUCUGUUUUGCCCCCUUUGUGCCUCACCUCAGUGCCACAGCGCUCCUCAGCCCCUCCACUUCGUGAGCAUCGUCACGAACCGACAAGAUGUUGAGUCGGAGGCUGCGAAGUUGUCGACGAACACGCCUGGCCACCAGCGCCUCACGCAGCCUGUCGGUGUCCUCGGCACGCCCCAAGUCGAGGUGGAGGAUGUGAAGGGAACUGAACGACCUCCCGGCGGGCAGCUCACUCACCGCACUGGCGACCAUCGCAGUGCCAUCAUAACCACUAAUCAGCACCUCCAGCCUCUCGCAGCAGUCGGCCAGCCAUGCCUUCACACAAUUGCCGCUGGGGAACAAUCCAUAGUCGUGGCUGAAUGCCUUGACAUUCGGCGUCUGCCAGUUGCGGCCCACGCGAGCGGCCGCACACUCGUUGGGUAUGUCCUUGACGGUCGUGAGUGCGGGGAGGCGGACGGGAGCGGAGGGGGCUGGCGGCAAAUCAGAUGAGGGCGGAGGGUUGGGGAUGUCAAUGCUGCGAUCGAGACUGACACGCUCGAAGGUCAGCACCUCCAGUGUGCCCUCAUCGUCCGACGACUCGUCACCACCGUCCACUGCUGCUGCAGCACCGCCUCCCUGCUGCCGUCUUUUCUCCUUGUCGGCCGCCAGUGCCGCUCGGCCGGCCGCAUGACCCUCUACGACACUCACCCAGGUGCCCAGGCACCAGUUCGGCGCGUAGUCGGGGUGGCGGAGCUUGACCUGGCGAAUGCGUGAGGCCCUCCCGCCCCACUGGUGUGCCACAGGGAUGGGCAUGGCCUCCCACAUGCGCCUCGAGUGGUCGUCCUCGCAGUUGAUGCUGAUGUGGGUGUGAUUGGUGGCCGAUUGGCGAAAUAGGGCGGGCCCGAGGGCGUGGCGGAUGGGUGUGAGGUGCCAGGGGGGCAGGCACCCGAAGACGAUGGCGAGGGUAUCGCGGAAGAGCUGAUGACGAGCCUAUAGAGUGGCAGACAGACAGCGAGAAGACGCACAGGUGGUAGUUUGAUAUGCGAGACUCAUCGUUUGUGACUCCUACCGGUUUCUCAUCGACGGGCGGAGGCUGGCCGCUGCAGUGGAUCUGACGGUACGGUCGUCUGGUGGCUACGGACACCUGCAGUGCCACAGUGACGUACAGCACACAUACAAAUGUCAAAGUCGUUCAUGGUGAGGAUGUAUUGGUCUGCCCCUCACCUGCUGUGCGUUGGUGUCCUCACUCGCCGCCGCCGCCGCCUCACUGGUCGGUGUGAGUGCCGCCACGGCCGUGGCGAGGCUGGGAUGCCCCUCCUGCAGCUGGGCAGUGGCCAGCCGCACCACAGAUGCCAUCGAGCCCAGCUGAUGACUCAACAGCAAUGCCGAUGGGGAAGCCGCCUACGUGGUGACACACACACGACAGCCGACAAGAGCGAUUCCAAGGGCGUCGGCGUCCGAACUGCUUCUACACGUGGCCACGUGUGUGUCACUUACCUGUGUGGCGAUGUGGUCCUGGUGCUGCUCGACGUGUGACACCUGUGCGAUGAUCUGCAGAAGCCAUCCGGGAAACACACAGCGCGCCGCGCCUGCUUCACUGAUGAAGGCCUUCGUGUGAUGGGUGUGUGAGAGCAUCGUACCUGAUCUAACUGGUCCCGCAGCUGUCCACAGCCCGCCUUCAAAGACUGGGCAUUCGCGACAAGCUGCGCCAAAGACACAUACACAUCGGAGGGAUGAGUUCUGUCCAGGUCCUUCCUGACAUGUGCUGCUCGUCAUUCACCGACCUGCGUCAAAUCCAUGACGAUGUGCUAAACCAACUCACUCGCUGGCUCCCUCGGGCCACUCUCACAUACCAACAGCCGUGAACCCACUGCAGAUGAGCC